AUGUAUGCCGACCACGCGGCGCCGGCGGGGAAGCAGCCGUACCGGCCGCAGGACGAGUUUCUUCCCCAACCGGAGACGAGUUUUUCCAGCACCAUGAAGAGCGACAGUAUGGGCAGUUUAAGAUCGACGAUACGCAGCAAACUUCCGUACGACUCCCGCGAGAUUGACCACUCCGUGUCCAGGGUCCUGGAAGAGCGGAACAACACCUUCGGAAAUCGGGCGUGGAUGUCCGAGUCCGAUUGCGGUUCGCACGGCCCCACUGCAAGCAGACACUCGCUGCCCACCAAAUCGGGGCCGGAUUUUCUCGCUACCUGGACAGGCCCGGGGCAGAGAUUCGGGUUCCGCCACUCCAGGGACGCCGACCACUUCCACUCUAGACAAGAGUGUUUUGCGGAGGACGCACAGCGCCGACACAUGCCCACCAGCAAUAAGAACAAAGUGAUCAAUUUCUCCUCGCGGGCACCGCCGGUGGUGUACCGAGUCAACGACAGCAGACUGUAUUGCGCUACUUGUUCCUGUCUGACAUAUAAUGCAACUUUCUUCUUGUGCAUGUAGUGGUACGACUACCGACCCUGAGUUGGCACACCUGAAAAAGAAAAACAUGAUAUGGUUUUGUUUUCAAGUACUUCCGUUCCGUUUCACUUUCAUUUCACACGCGGAUCGUUCGUUCUGUCCGGUUGUUGUUCUCGUUUCACCCUCUAGAUAAAAAAUAACCUCGACACAGUGCGCCGGGUCGCUUUCCUGUGGGCACGAAUUGGAAGUUGAACAAGUACGGGUGCAACAUGCUACCCGUCCGCUACCCCGGUGGGAUAUCCAGCUGGCUCCCAAGUCACACCGAAAAUCGCUGGUCCGCACAGAAGUUUGACGUCAAAUCCGAGAUGCCGCGAGUGCUUUCGGAGCAAAACUUGCGAACUACAAUGGUGUAGCAAGAGUUGAUCUUCGCGGCUUCUGGCGUGCAAAAUGGGAGGGCCUGCUUUAAACUACGUCUACGGUCGGAGUUGUGCCGUUUUCUUCGAUUAAGAAAUCGAUCUUCCGACGAGAAAAGAGUUUUUGUCUACUACGUACACUACCGCUAAAAAAUGACACCAGAAAUUCUAAUUGAAGACUUUACCUACACCUGAAGAAGAAAAAAAGAAUUAGUGAAGCAGAAGAUGCGGACUAGAACUUUGAAUUUUGCUGGAAACUCUGAAACCCAUAAGUCACAUAAAUGUACAAAUGAGGAAAAUGAAGAUCUUCCAAAACAAACAUUUAUUUUUGUCACGUUCAACAAGUUAAAGGUAGUACACAGUUUCGAUGUCACGGCCACAACAAGAAUGUCAUCGCGAUAAAACGUGGACGCCACGUAGUUGUCAUGUAUCAAACUGCUCGAGCGCACAAGACAAUGAAUGACGAAACCAAU